AUUGUGGUCCCAGCACAACAGAUUCUAUUCAAUGCAUUAUAAUCCCCCAGUGAGGUUCACACUAUGCAAUGUGUACAUGCACACUAGAGAGUAGACGGUAUUUCACAGGUUUAUGACUUCCCUGUUAGUCAACGCUCGGUCAGUCUGAUUGACACACGUGGCUCUACACAGUGCGUAAAAAGGUCGCGAGGAAUGAAAUCAGGUCACUUAUCACCCAUUGAGCCCGGAGAGAUAGGAAUGAAUACACGCCUCGGCGUCUUCGCCGGUAUAUGACUGAAGACGGUGUCACAGUUAACCAGGAACGGCUAAUGUCCUCAAAGCUUCGCCAGGAUGACCUACAUAUGCUGCGUCACCACAACCCGAUCGUCCAACGUAUAGCAUUUCUUAGAGGAGCCCACUACUCUCGCGAUGGCGAGUCCAUGGAAUAAAUGGUGGCGUCUGUUGUGUCUUGGAGUAUCUGGAAUAAUUCUUAUCUUUAUCUUCCAUUUUCUUCACUAUUCAAGAGUGAUUGAUCCACGGGUCACACCUCAUCAUGAAGCACGUGUCAUUCCAGACACUCAGCCCAUGCCGACACAGGUCAAGAUGACCCAUGCGCCCAAACUCGAGACUGGCGUGUACCGUUGGAAACAAGGCAAAUGGGUUCUGAUUCCAGGAUUCUGUUCUGCAGUGAACAAGUUUAGUUCUGCCCAACUCCGAACCCCGGUCGGUACUAUCAAGAUGUACAUUCAUAACGUUAAAGACGACAUCCAUGUGUCAGGGUCAAUUCAGAGAUCUGGAAUGUGGGAAUCUCCAGGAGUUAACACAAUGAUCUCAAUACUAAGGGACAGUGCAGAUAUGGGAGUCCUUGACCUUGGAUCUCAACUAGGGACGUAUUCCUUGACGGCUGCGUUGAUGGGACGUCGUGUUGUUGCUGUGGACCCGCUUGUUGAGAACGUCAUGAGACUGUGCGCAACUGCACAGGAGGCGAAAUUGGCGGAUCGGAUCACUAUUUUAUUUGCAGCUCUCUCGGAUGACUAUAGAACUGUCACCUUCAAGCGUGAAAAAGCAAAUAUAGGAGGUACCGUUAUCAAACAAGUCCCGAACGCAACGUUUGACAUCAACGACAACUACAAUCCAGAUUUCAUCUCGACUGUUCGUCUGGACGACAUCUUGCAGUUUGUUGACUUCCCCAAAGCCUUCAUCAAGGUUGAUGUGGAGAACCAUGAAUAUGAGGUUUUGAAAGAAGGGAAGCAAUUGUUUUCUAAAAUUGAUAUCCGUGAUAUUAUGAUGGAAUGGUUUCAAAUAAAAAGGACUCCAAAUGGCCCCAAAAUAAGGGAUUUCCUUGUUAACAAAAAUUUCAAGCCCAUGACGAUGAGCAGAGUGAGGACGUUGUCGCCCGCAAGCUAUAUAACAUGGCCGAAUGAUAUACUCUGGGUUAAACAGUGACUACUCUAACCAAACGGAUGAUACGAUGGACAUCUGGAAUAUCGUCUUCUUGCCUUAGGGACCGACAAUUAAUUGAUUAAGGGGUGGGGGAUGGGGAAU